AUGGAAUGUUGUAGUCCAUGGAAAGGCGAAGCUACAUGUUGCAUGGAUUACGACCAAAUCUGUACGGUUGCCAAACACCCGUUAGUCGGAUGCCACUGGGAGGUCUCAACGAAUAUCGACAGACGAGUUUGCGGCAAUGCCGACUGUGCCCAUUGCGGAGAAGUGUGCGUCUUGGACAAGCUGAACAACUCAUGCGAAUGGACGCGGUUCCUGACAAGGUCGGGGUUCCUGUUUCAGAAGUUGGAACAGCGGACAAAACAGCUCAGUGUGCCACACUGGCGAAAGCAGGGCCUGACAAUCCUGAUGAAGUACUUGCCUCAUGGCGAGUGCAAAGCGUUCGGCGACAAGUGCAAGUGCUGCUGUCAUCCGUACGAGGUGAACGAAGAUGGAACGGCCUGUCGGUUGAAGAAGUAUUGCCAAGCUCUGACUUUACCAGCUGACUAG